UCAGAAGUGUGCUCUUCCAGACCAUCAUCGGUUUUGUCCAAGGAACACCACAACCAACAGCAAAAUGUUGAAUAUUUGGCAAUUCUGUUUCUUUUGUUUAGUGCCACUGGCGGCCUCAACUGCUCCCAACUUGAUGGCAAUGCUCUCUCAGCAGAAUGUCACCAUUAUGAUAGAUCUCAUCGAGGCUGCUGAUCUUGCUGAUUACGUGGCAAUGCAAGGUCCCAUGACACUGAUAGCUCCCACCGAUGAAGCAUUCAGAAACCAGCCAGCAGGUUAUAUCGACGAUCUAAAAGCAGACAAGGCCCGCAUAAAGCAUUACGUUAGAUAUCAUUUGAUACACGGUGACAUAUUCAGCUGGGAUAUCUCACGCAGCACCAACAUCCGGGCACAAAAUGGCCAUAUCCUUCGUUUUUACUAUCGUUCGAAACACUUUGGAGAAGUACCUUCUCUGAGAGUGAAUACAGCCAAUGUGGUCAAACACGAUAUCCAAGCUAAUAACGGCGUUAUUCAGUUGGUGGAUGAUGUCCUUAACGUGCCCGAAGGUACAGUGGAAGAGGUACUUGUGCGUGACAGCAACUUGACCACUAUUGCUAACAUCACAUUUAUUAGCCAUCUGAACAGCUUGCUGAAUAAAACUCGAGCUGGUCGUCGCCAGACAGUAUUUGCACCAAGUGACGAUGCUUUCGCAAGAAUGGACCAAAGUGUUUUGCAGAAAAUCAUCCAGCAUUCUAAUCUAGCGAGAGAGCUGAUGAGCUUUCAUAUUCACCCUGGAACUUUAACAAUUGAUCAGCUGAAAUCUUCACAUUCGUCGUUUAUUUCAACAAAUCUUUUCUUUGAUGAUAUACAUCUCAGCACGUCAGGAGGAGAAGUCCGCCUGAACCGUCUAGCCAAAAUUACUCACCCCAAUAUCGAAUGCGACAAUGGAAUGGUUCACAUCAUUGAUAGAGUUUUGAUACCGUCAAAAUUGCGACAUCUAGGCUAAGUCGACGGCGGACAUUUUCCGCGAAUGAAGAAAAAAAAGAGGCAAGCGCUGAUAGGCACUGAAUGUUUGAAAAUCACCUCUCACUUGAAUGCUUACCUUGCAAUGACAAAUGUGUGAAUUUUUUUUCAAUUAAUAAAGAUACAGCAGAUGUAAUAAAGAUAUAACGUACUUUUA